AUGUUGUCUGGGCUUAUAAAUCCCAAUCAAUAGUUUUAUGAAAAAAGGAGAGUGGAUUCGACGUGGUCCUUACCUGAUCCUGAUGAGUAUGCUGUUGAGCCCAAUUUUGAUCAACAGGAAUUUUUUGACAAUAUUAGAGAUAUAAAGAUCCAGAAGCAUCCUUACUCGUUAGAGGAGCUCAAAGUGAUUACAGAAGAUGAAUUGAAGUUGGAUUGACAAGCCAAUAGUUAUGUGAAGUGACAAUUUAACCCAACGGUCGAACAUUGCAGUAUGGCAACAGUUAUUGGUCUUUGCUUGCGUGUGAAACUCAUGAGAAGCUUGCCUUCUCGUUACAAGGUGGAUAUAAGGGUGGCACCUGGAACCCAUGCAACUGAAGCUGCAGUUAACAAACAAUUAAACGAUAAAGAGCGAGUUGCCGCAGCCUUGGAAAACCCCAACCUAGUGGAUAUGGUUGACGAAUGCCUGGGUCCAUCUUAUGCUUGAAAAUAUUUGCAAUCGUAGUUAGCAUUGCUUCUAGUUCUCAAAGUUAGGUGGACAAUUGUUACCUAUUGUGACGAUAUAUGUGGGAGUGUGAUGUGCAGAAGCGCAGGAUGCAGUCAAAUUGUUACCUAGUGAUGUAAUUUCCUUAAAAAAAAAAAGGAUAGGGAUGUAUUGUUUAUAAAAGAGUUACUCGAGAUACUCUAUAUUAAGAUUGUAUUUAUUUAUUUUUAUUAAUUUUAUAAGUGAUUUAUUAUUAGACUUUCUAUAAAAAAUAUAAAAAAACAUGUUGAUUUA